CGCCGUUAAAGUGCAGUGAUGCCUGCAACGCUGGCCUGCAACAGUGCUUCUCUUUUGCAAAUUACUGGCAAGAAGCAAUAAGCAAUGUCAUUUACAUUGCGUUCCUUCACAACCGGCCAUCGAUAGUUGCCAAUACCCGUGCCGCCCUGGAGAAGCGACGCGACAGCCUCUGUUCAGGAUGCGAGACUGUGCCAGGCUCGCCGCCAGAACGUUAUUCAGAACAACUGCAUCAGUGAUUGGGCUUGCGGCGCUCGGUGACUGGUUUUCCAGCAUUAGUAGCUACAUCUACUUCCCCACCAUCCCAUUCCUGGCCUCCGAUCUUCACGUCAGCAUCCAGCAGGUUAACCUGAAAGUUACGUCCUAUCUUGUCGGGUGUCUUCCUUUCCAUCAUGGGCAAUGCCGCCGAUCGCUUCGGGCGGAGACCAGUCUUCUUAGUAGCCCUCGUCGUCUAUUUCGCGGCAAACAUUGGGCUUGCGCUACAGUCCAAUUUCGUCUCGUUUUUUGUCUUCCGAAUGCUGCAGAGCGCGGGCAUCUCAGGCACAUUUAUCAUCGCCUACGGAGUACGGAGCCCUCGGAGACUUGUUCACCCCAGCUGAACCGGGG